CGACGGCGGUAAAAAGUUCCCAAAAUUUAUGGUCUUCGCCUCUUCUACGUAUAUAUAAAAGCACUCCAAUAACUCAACUCGUUCACGCAACUCACCCGUUCCAAUCUCGGCAGCAUCGCCAUUUUCACACUACAACAAUGGCUUCUCUCUCCAUCCCACCGCUUAAUUCCUCGAUUCGGUCCGUGCUUUUCACAGUAAUUCUCUGGAUUGGAUUGUUUUGCAUUGCGGAGAUCAAUGCCGGCGGGGAUGUGGGAGAAUUUUUGCGAAAAGGAGGGAAUAAUCCGAGGGAAUUCGACUACUUCGUUCUCGCCCUCCAAUGGCCGGGUACCUAUUGCCGCAGAACUCGCCAUUGUUGUUCCUCUAAUGGCUGCUGCCGAAGUACGAAUGCGCCAACAGGAUUUACAAUCCAUGGACUUUGGCCGAAUUAUAAUGACGGAACUUGGCCGUCAUGUUGCACUGGUAAAACAUUUGAUGCUAAAGAGGUUUCGACGUUGCUUAGUGGACUGAAUAUGUACUGGCCAUCUUUAAGCUGUGGUUCUACAUCUAACUGCCAUGGUGGAAAAGGAAUAUUCUGGGAACAUGAGUGGGAAAAACACGGAACUUGCGCCUCUUCAGUUACAGGAGAAGAGUACAAUUACUUCGUGACGGCACUUAAUGUUUAUUUCAAAUAUAAUGUCACAGAUGUUCUGAGAGAAGCUGGAUAUGUAGCUUCUGAUUCUGAAAAGUAUCCCUUAGGAGGCAUUGUUUCAGCCAUUCAAAAUGCUUAUCAUUCAACUCCAGAACUGCAAUGCUCGGGUGGUGCUUUGCAGGAACUUCAUUUAUGCUUCUAUAAAGACUUUACGCCUCGGGAUUGUGCAGCUGGUUCCAACACUACAAAUGGCUUUGUUAAUUCAAAAAAAUCAUGCCCCAAAUACAUCAGCUUGCCAGAAAUUGCCUCAUUGAAACUUGGAAAAGCUGAAACUGAAGUUUCACAAUCUACUUUACUAUCAUCUAUUUGAACCGGGUCGUAUGCUCUUAUCAGCCAAUAAUGCCAAGAAGUUUGUCGCUGAGCCGUUGGCCUCUGUAUCUACCUGUGUUAUAAUGUAUUAGUUUAUGCAGCUUAUUAUUGUUUACUUAGCUUAAUUAAUUGCCUGGUCUUAAAACACAUUCGUAUUUUCCUUCAAUCGUAAACAUUAUAUCCUGUGUACAACAGCCUCUAAAUAUGUAUGCACAAUGGACUCGAAACAAAUGUAAAUUUCAUCGAGAUGUUUUCUGCACUAUGUGAGUAGUUAAACAUUUGAAAAA